AUGAUGCUUAUGAAUGGGAAAGGCUCAUAUUUAGACCCAAAAGCAAAAUCCAAUGAAUCCUUCACAAUAAAUAAAGGAAAAACAUACAGAUUGAGGGUUUCAAAUGUGGGAAGCGAAUGGAGUUUUAAUUUUCGAAUCCAAAACCAUAGCAUGUUAUUGGUGGAGACCGAAGGCUCGUACACCAAUCAAAUCGCGUUAAACUCUCUCGACGUCCACGUGGGCCAAUCAUACUCUGUUCUUGUCACAGCUGAUCAAGAUGCUGCUGAUUAUUACAUAGUUGCAACUGCAAAAAUGGCUAAUUCAACUCAACUCAAAACUCUUCAAGUCGUUGGUGUAUUGCACUAUGAGAACUCUACCAAACCUGCUGAUGGGCCUAUUCCAAAUGGGCCUGACCCAUUUGAUGUGAACUUUUCUAUUAGUCAAGCUAGAUCCAUCAGGUGGAAUUUGACAACAGGUGCAGCAAGGCCUAAUCCACAAGGGUCCUUCAAUGUAUCAAAUGUGACAUUGUCACAAACUUUUGUUCUCCAAAAUUCAUUGAACUAUAAAAAUGGUACUAUAAAUUUUGCAAUCAACAAUGUCUCUUAUGCCACCCCCAAAACACCAUUGAAACUGGCUGAUUAUUACCUUAACGGCGUCGGAGUUUACGAGCUUGAUAAAUAUCCGGCUAACGUUAGCCUACCGGAGGUUGUUUAUGGAACAUUUGUUGCGUCUGGAGAACAUAAAGGGUGGCUAGAAAUUGUUUUCAAGAAUGAGUUACAAGUCAUGGAUUCUUGGCAUUUGGAUGGAUUUGGCUUCUUUGUUGUUGGGUAUGGUUUUGGAAAUUGGACUCUUGAAUCACGAUAUACAUAUAAUCUUUAUGAUCCUGUUGUUCGUUCUACUGUUCAGGUUUACCCAAAAGGAUGGACAGCUGUAUAUGUAUAUCUAGACAAUCCAGGAAUGUGGAAUUUAAGGUCACAAAAAUUGAAAAAUUGGUUCUUAGGACAAGAACUUUAUAUUAGAGUUUAUGACUCUGAUCCUAAUCCAGCCAAAGAACAUAUUCCCCCUAAAAAUCUACUAUAUUGUGGAAUCGUGCAGGCGCCUCCACCAGCACCACCACCACCACCACCACCACCAAGUCCAGAACCAGUACCAAGCCCCGUAGCUCCAGUACCUCCGCCUCCUGCAGUACCAUCGUCUACAACUAUUACAAAAACACAAUGGUUUCAUAUUAUUGUGGCUAUUUUUGUGAUUUUAAUCAUAUGA